CAUGCUUACUAAAUUUUGAACGUUACUUUAGUACUCUCCUGAAAAUUCUACUGUAAAUUUGCUAACAAUAAAUUCUCAUUUUCUCUAAAUUUAAAACUUUGAAAUUUUCAAAUUCUGAAAUAUGUUCCUGCGCACACAUUUGGCAAAACUUACAAGACCGUUAUAUAAUCAAUUCAAAUCAGUUAUGAGCUUUGGGGACUCAAUCGCUUCUAGUAAUGCUUUCGUUCGAAGCGCCUCGAACAUGACAGCGGUACAAUUACCAGAUAUGCUACUUACGAAACGACGUCCAGAGUUGUCUUUAAAAUUUGACCCACGGACGAGGAAACUAUCUUUGCAACUAGGGGACCAACAACUCGGAUCUACUCCAAACCAAACCAAUAGUAAAUUCUGUUCCUACUGCAAUGCGCCGCAAUGUAAACUUUUAGCUAAGUCAUCCGAAAAGGACGAUGCUAAUAAUGAAUUAUCGAAAAAUGACGACAGGAAAAUAGUCACAAUAUCGAUUGAUAGAGAAGCAUUUUGUCGAGCUAUUUGCAAUAGUCCAGAAAGUGGUUCGCCAACUGGAAAAACAGAAGCAGUUACUGAUGGUGAGUAUUGUCAGUAUUGCAAUGCCCCAAAAUGUAAGCUCACGGCAAAGCAAACUGACAAUGUUAGAAGUAUUGAAGAAUCAACCGAAUAUUGCGAAUUAUGUAAAGCGCCAAAGUGUAAACUUGAAGAAAAAUUAGCUGUAACUCCAGUUAAGAACGACGUGGAUGUUCGAUCGGAAAAUCCCAACAAGAUAGAGAAAGGUUUUGAGUACUGUAAAUAUUGCGAUGCGCCGAAAUGUAAACUUACCGAAAAAUUCGAAAGGCUUCGAAGUGAUGUUAACGCGAAAUCGUCUGAAGGAAGCAGUAAAACCAAAACUUCUUUGUCGAAAAAACGUAAUAAGUACAGCGACACCAGUAGAAAUACGGAUGAAGAAAUGGAACUUUCAAACGACGUAACAAAGGGUCCACACUACUGUUCGGUUUGCAAAUCACCGAUAUGCAAGUUCGAGCUACCGCAAACUACCCAAACAGAAAACGAUGUAGAAAACAUAUCCGACACGUCUAAGAGCUCAGAUAAAAUUAGCAUAACCUUGAAUCCUUCCGAAAUUUGUGCAACGAUAUGCGCGGAAACUUCAAAGAAUGCGUCCGUCAAACCGAUCAUGAAUAGUCCCGAAAAGCGUUUAUCGAGAAGUAAUAAAUUCAAUGCCAGUUACGAUAAAGACAAUUCUAAAAUUUAAGGAUUCUUGAAAUGGUAUUGGCUAACCUGUUCAGGUUUAGUUCAAAAUUAAAUUUAUAAAAAUUUCUGAAAUAAAAUUGUUUUUCAA